AGGGAGGGGGGCUGCUGCGCUCGGCCGCCCGCCGCUCAAGGUUCCCAGGCUGAGAUUUGUUUCCCACCACCACCGGCCGCCGGGGCGGUGAGCCGCUGCCGCGAUGGGCGUUAAAGCGAUGCUCCCCAGCUACGAGCUGGGCUUUUACGCUCUCACCUUGACGUGCGCCGUAGUGUACAGCGGGAGCGGGAUCUUCGAAGCCUCCAGAGACAGCAUGAACAGAAAGGCCUUUCGGGACGGCAUAAAACCGGGCUGGCAUUACUUCGGCAGGAAGAUGGAUGUGGCUGAUUUUGAGUGGGUGAUGUGGUUCACCUCGUUCAGGAACUUCAUCAUCUUCGCCCUUUCGGGGCACAUCCUGUUUGCCAAGAUCUGCUCCAUGAUCGUACCGCAGCACCGGGCUGUCAUAUACAUGCUGUACGGGCUCCUGGCUGUGCUGGGCAGCAUGGGCCUUGUCUACCUCAUGAUCAUCCUCUCCCACUGCAUCAUCCUCUACUCUGCCUCACUGGCGAAGCAGAAAUGGCUUUGCUACGUGGCUGGGCUCUGCUGCCUUGCAUCCUUCAAGGUGGAGCCCUUCAGCUCUUGGCAGAGUGGAUUUGUAACGGAAGCUUUUGAUCUUCAAGAUGUCCUCUUCUAUGGGGGAAGUGGCUUCACCAUCAUGCGCUGCAUCAGCUUCGCACUCGAGAGCUGUGAGAGGAAGGAGGGCAUCUACUCCAUCUUCGAUCUCCUCAAAUACAACUUCUACCUUCCAUUCUUUUUCUUCGGGCCUGUCAUGACAUUUGACCAGUUCCAUGCUCAGGUGAGCACCCGAGAGCUGCAACGUAAAGAUGAUGAGAUGAGGAGCAUCCGGAUCCAUGCUGUCCUCCAUGUGGGGAUCAUCAUUGCUGUGGACAUCUUCUUCCACUUCUUUUACAUCCUCACUCUCCCUUCUGACCUGAAGUUUGUUAACCGCCUCUCAGACUGGUCCUUAGCUGGCCUGGCCUAUUCCAAUUUGGUGUACGACUGGGUGAAAGCUGCUGUCAUGUUUGGAGUCAUCAACACCAUUGCCCGACUGGACCACUUGGACCCACCACAGCCCCCCAAAUGCAUCACCAUGCUCUAUGUCUUUGCAGAAACGCACUUUGACAGAGGGAUUAAUGACUGGCUAUGCAAGUAUGUGUAUGAUCACAUUGGGGAGAACCAUGAUAACGUUCUGAAGGAACUCAUGGCCACUAUCUCCACCUUUGCCAUCACUACCUUGUGGCUGGGGCCCUGUGAAAUUGUUUACAUCUGGUCCAUCUUCAACUGCUUUGGCCUCAACUUCGAGCUAUGGGUGCAGAAGUUCUUCCAGCGGGAACCCUUUGCCAAAAUGGAGGCCAAAAUGUCAGAGGCCAUGUCUCGGCGGAUUAGGGCAGUCUUUGGGGCAGCAAACUUCUGGGCCAUCGUCCUCUACAACAUCCUGGCCCUCAACAGCCUGGAAUUUGCAUUGCUGGUUACCAAGAGGCUCCUCCUGAGAGGUUUCCCUGUCAGCACCUUGUCCAUCUGGUUCAUCACAUACUGUGGAGUGCAGCUGAUCAAAGAGCGUGAGCGUGUCCUGGCCAUUGAGGAGGAGAAGCGUGACAAAGCAAAGAAAGAGUAGAGGAAAACAUCAGCUGGCCUACCUCAAAACCUCAGCUCCUCUCUGACCACCUGUCAGGCCAGCCACUGACAGGGGCCCUCCAAGCACUCCUAGCAAUCAAACUGCUGAAGCUCAUUUGUGUGUAAGUCACCUGGAAGGUGCACUCUCUUGCUGCAGUAAAGAUCUUCUGUAAGACACCCAUGGGUGGUAUGCAGGCUAGCCAUGCCUGGCAGGCUGCUGAGGUAGGCUCCUGAUCUAUUUCUUUAAGGCCAGAAAGCCAUCCUCAUCAUUUAUCUGAACCUCUGACAUAUUACAGACCUAGAGAUUUCACCCCUUGGUUUCCGUAACAUCUCGUCCACCAGAGCAUUUGGCUCUCCAGAAAGACUAUGUCUUCCAGAGGCUAUCCAACUCCAACUCCUGGAGGUUUUAGGAUGAACUGGGCAUAUAGCUAUGAGAAAGGGAUUAACUAGUGCUGACCCUGCUCUGAGCAGACCCUCUCCAGGUUAUUUCCAGCUCAAAUUUCUUUUACUACAAGAAAUAGUCAACAUCCACUGUCAAGUAUUCAACAUCUAUAUUAUGUAGUAAGGACUUUAAAAUGGCUCAGCACAAUAUAUACCUAUGAUGAGGCUAAUAAAUAAAUAAAACAGUCUUUAUAUCAAAGGAAAAGAGUACUAGAAAUUGCACAUUGAACAGUAAUUAUCUCCCUUCCACUGUCAGCCAUGCAGAGUGAUUCUGCUGUAAUCUCAAACCCUCUGCAGAACUGCAGUUCUAUAUGUCUUGAAAAAAUAAUUUAAUGCCAUCCUCAUGCCUAUUUAAUGAAAACAUGGGAGAUGAUAUACCUGCUUCAGGGCAAGGGAACAUCAUAUACCAGUUGCCUGUGGAACAGGCACACUGAAGAAACACAACGCGAGACUCGCCUAACCCCUCGGUCCCCAGGCCCUUACUCAGACCCAAAGCGUGCUCCACUGAGGCAUGUGAAACAGAUGCAGCCACUAUGACCAUCUUGCUGUGAUUUAUGCCCUGGGAUUCAAACCAAAUCUCACUCCUGUUUGCUCCAUGCCGUGGAAGAAGCAGUUUGCAUUCCUACCCAUGGCUGAGAAACAGAGGACUUUGUACCCAUCUCUUGCUUACUUCCUGCCAUCCAACCCUUUGCUCAACUGACUUUGGUCAACACAACCUAAACCCAUGACUAUGUGGCUGAAUGAGCACAUACACACAUAUAAUCAAGGAGAAAGACUCUGAAUGAAGGGCAGUGAUUUGGGUGGGGAAGCAAAAUCAUUUGCUAGCACACUUUAAGCAGUAGACUUUGGGACACUGUAUGUGAAAUGGAUUGAAUAAAUGUACCCAUGUGAGACACAGGGUCUCACAGAAAAGAUAACGGAAAUAUCCCUGGGUUUCUUGUAACUUUGGACUAACAUAAGCAGCCUUAUUUCUGAAUCAUGUCAGUUCUUGGUGAGAGCAGGAUCUGGACCACUUUGCAACCUGAGUGGAGAUGCUUGGUGUUGGUGUGUUCUGGUUUCCCUGUGGAUAAAACAGGAAUUGUUCUUAGCCGGCUUUCAGCUCUGCCAAAGUAUUUUAUGAGGUCCCUUCUAUAUGUCAUUUAUUUAUUUAGUAAA